AGUGUGCACGUUUUUUUUUUUUUUUUUUCUUGGAAAUCCGAAUUAUGAAAUAUGAACAUGUGCUUCCCCCGGAAGAGCUGACGCAUCUGCACGACCGCAUAAAAUUGGGGUGAAAUCAAAGGGAAAAAGGACCAGAGAUGGCACGGAACGAUGGCGCUGAGAGCACUGGUGAGAACUGGGAGCUCACCAAGGACAUGCUGUUGGAGGAAGAAGAACAGAGGAAAGCACCCAAAGGAGUGCUGUCCCUCCUGCCCUCGUCCCCGCAGAGAGCCGUUGUGCUGCUCUACGCGCUGCUGGCCCUCGGCUUCGUGAUCUUCGUGGCUCUCACCAUCGCCAACACCCGAAGAGUGUCGGCGGUGUGGGAGGCGCUGGCCCAAGCCCAGCUGCAGGGCGAGAGGAGCCACACGACAGCCUGGCACAACCUCUCAGAGGUCCAGCACGCCCUCGAUAAGCAGCUGUCAGGCGAGCUCCAGGCGAUUCAGAGCCAACUUCUAAAUGCGUCCCGAGAAAUGGAGAACAUGCAGUGGAAGAUGGCACAGUGCAAAACAGAGUGCGGGAAGGAGCUGUCGGAUCGCAUCCGCAUCCUGGAGGGAAGGGAGGCGCCGGAGCUUGCGCUGGAGCAGCUGGCAGAGCUGCGGCAGGAGCAGAGCCGCGUGGCGACGCUCCUCAGCACGGCGCUGGAGGGGCUGCGAAACCUCUCAGAAGUUCUCUGCACGAGGUGUCCUGCCGGCUGGCUGCAGUUCACCAAAACCUGCUAUUUUUUCUCCACCAAUCCCAAGCCCUGGAUGGACGCUAACGCCUCCUGCGCCGAGCUCGGCGGUCAGCUGGCCAUCGUCGACAGCGAGCUGGAAAACAAAUUUCUGGCAAAUCACAUCAUGGAGACGCGGGUGUUCUGGCUGGGCCUGAGCGACAUGCACAAAGAAGGCGACUGGCAGUGGCUGGACGGCCGCUCCCUUUCUCUUGCGAUUUGGGGGAAAAGCACCGAAACUGAAACGGAGCUGUUGGACGCUAACCGGGGCGGGGGGGAAGGGAAAAUCCCUGAAGUGGACGCAGAGCUGCUUCCACGCGGUAAAAGGAGAGGAGGGGACGCUGUGGGGCGGGUGCGCGCUCCGCCUGGCUGCUCCCUGCGUAGAACCUUUAAAAAAAGACCGUAAAAACCAACCGGUUUC